AAUUCUUUUUUUUUUUUUUAGCACUCAACAUUGAACGGUUGUUCACUAAACUCAAAAUUCUUAUUAUUGUCUACUUCUAAAAAUUGUUCAUCAACUCUGCUCAAAAUGAGUUUGGUAUCAAAUUUAAUUGGCAGACGGUAUAUUUCCCAGGCAGUGAAAUAUAUUCCUAGUGCCGGUCUUUACAGUGCCACAGGAUUCACCCUCCUCUGUUACUUCACAGAUUGGAAAACGGUCUUGCAGUACUUGCCAUACUACAACACUAAGUUCCCCAAAGAAGUAGAAGAAUAAUCAACUUUAACAAUAAAUAAACCAUAAUGUAAAACAAAAUAGAGUUCUUAAUUUUUGUCAAAA